GAAAGAAGAAGUAUAAACACAGUAAGUUAACGACGGGAAUUUCUUGUUGAAUGAGAUUAACAAUUGAUACACAAUGCAUCAUCUGAAAUAAAGAUAAAUAGUGCUGGAAAAAAAUGGAAAAGAUGGGAGAACAAGUUACUCAUGGAAAAUUGCUUGUAUGUGCUAUAGACUUUGGAACAACCUUUUCCGGAUAUGCCUUUCAACUAACGGCUGACUUCUUAAAGGAACCUACAAAAAACAUUCACACAAACCAGGUAUGGAAUGCGGGUGUGGCAGCUUUAAUGUCUCUGAAAACACCAACGUGUUUACUACUGGAUAAAGAGAAGGAAUUCGUUGCGUUUGGUUAUGAAGCUGAAACCCAGUACAGUGAUUUGGCGUUGGAUGACCUGCAUCAUGACUAUUUGUUUUUUAGAAGGUUCAAGAUGUUGCUUCAUCGAAAUCCGGGACUGAAUCGAGACACCAAGUUAGCCGCAUCUAAUGGUGUGGAAAUUCCAGCUAAGGCCAUAUUUGGUCAUGGUAUAAAUUUUCUAAAGAACCAUGCUUUGGAAAAUUUCCGCCGUUGCGGUACCGAAGUUGAAGACUCUGAAGUUCAGUGGGUUAUAACUGUUCCUGCAAUAUGGACAGACGCUGCCAAACAGUUUAUGAGAGAAGCUGCACAAAAGGCCGACAUUUUCAACGACCAGUUAAUAAUAGCAUUAGAACCGGAAGCUGCGUCAUUGUUGUGUAGAUACACCUCUGAUGCAUCUGGUAAUGAGCUGUUUAAACCAGGGUCAAAGUAUAUGGUAAUUGACUUAGGAGGUGGCACUGCGGAUAUCACUAUACACCAAGUAGCAGACGAUGGAACAUUGAAAGAAUUGCACAGUGCAAGUGGUGGUGCAUGGGGUGGUAUCAAAGUCGACCAAGCGUUUGAACAACUGCUGAUUGAUAUUGUCGAAGAAGAUGUGUUUGCUGAGUUUCAGAAGAAGAAUGCAUGUGACCAUUUUGACAUGGGUAGGGAUUUUGAAGUUAAAAAGAGAACAUUUAAUGACAAGAUGAAACAUGCUGUAAUCAAACUACCAUCUUCCCUAAUGGAGCAUUAUAAAACAAUGAAAGGACGAUCUAUAAAGGAGGCAAUAGAAGCGUCAAUGUACGCUGAUCGUGUUGCACAAACCGCCGACAAGUUAAAGAUGGACCCUGAUUUAUUGAAAGGACUUUUUCGCGAUCCAUUAGAACACCUUGUUGAGCAUAUCAGAGAGAUUCUAAACCAGCCUGUUGCUGUUGACACCAAUAUUUUAUUGUUGGUCGGGGGCUUUUCGGAGUCACCAAUCGUACAAGAAACUAUCAAAACGAGAUUUCCAAAUCACAAGGUUAUCGUACCACAAGAUGCUGGUCUUGCAGUUUUGAAAGGAGCCGUGCUUUAUGGUCAUCGUCCAAAACUUAUAUCUGUAAGAGUCAAUCAAGUGACUUAUGGCAUCGCAAUCAGUCGAUUGUUUAAGACAGGUGACCCAGAAGAACUGAAGUUCACGUCUGGCAGUGCUGUAUUAUGUCGUGACGUAUUUCACAAGUUUGUGGAAAAGGGACAACCCAUCAAAGAAGACGAUGAACAUUCUAUGCCCUUCAGUGCCAAAGGCCAAAACAAUAGGGUUCGUGUUUAUUCUUCAAACUCGAAUAAUCCGAAAUAUGUCACUGAUGAUGGUUGUAGAUUGAUUGGAGAAAUGAUGAUCAACAUAAGUUCGGAAAUCACAUCCGGGAACAAUAUUCAGGUCAAAAUCGAGUUCGGUGGUACGGAAUUGGUUGUUGAGGGUAUGGAGAAAAAUACCGGAGAGGUCUUCAGAGCGCGUUUUGACUUCCUUAGUGAUAAAUAAUUCAUGUUCUGUUUUUAUGACAUUGUUUCAGAACAAACUAUUUCUUUUACUAUAAA